AUGAAUAUUGCUAUGGGCGGUAAUGGUGAAUGUUUGUGUAUGAAUAUUGCUAUGGGCGCUAAUGGUGAAUGUUUGUGUAUGAAUAUUGCUAUGGGCGGUAAUGGUGAAUGUUUAUGUAUGAAUAUUGCUAUGGGCGGUAAUGGUGAAUAUUUGGCUAUGAAUAUUGCUAUGGGCGGUAAUGGUGAAUGUUUAUGUAUGAAUAUUGCUAUGGGCGGUAAUGGUGAAUGUUUGGUUAUGAAUAUUGCUAUGGGCGGUAAUGGUGAAUGUUUGUGUAUGAAUAUUGCUAUGGGCGGUAAUGGUGAAUGUUUGUGUAUGAAGAUUGCCAUGGGCGGUAAUGGUGAAUGUUUGGUUAUGAAUAUUGCUAUGGGCGGUAAUAGUGAAUGUUUGGUUAUGAAUAUUGCUAUGGGCGGUAAUGGUGAAUGUUUGUGUAUGAAGAUUGCUAUGGGCGGUAAUGGUGAAUGUUUAUGUAUGAAUAUUGCUAUGGGCGGUAAUAGUGAAUGUUUGGUUAUGAAUAUUGCUAUGGGCGGUAAUGGUGAAUGUUUGUGUAUGAAGAUUGCUAUGGGCGGUAAUGGUGAAUGUUUGGGGUAA